CCGCAACCAGGAGGCGGCGCUGCCCGGCUUGGCGCCUUUAAGGGACCGUGGGGGCGGUGGGCGGGUUCCCGUUCGCCGGGGCCGCCCCUGCUGCUCUCCGCCGCCGGCCGGGCAGAGGGCAGCGCCCGCGGGCGGGAGUCGCGGCCAUGGCGCUGCCGCUGCUCCUCCUGCUAGGAGCCGGCGGGCUGCGGGCGGCCGAGCGGAGCGGCGGCGGCGGCAGCAGCAGCAGCGCCAUGGAGGAACUCGCCACCGAGCAGGAGGCGGAGGAGAGCCACAGGCAGGACAGCGUGAGCCUCCUCACCUUCAUUCUGCUGCUCACGCUCACCAUCCUCACCAUCUGGCUCUUCAAGCACCGCCGCGUCCGCUUUCUCCACGAGACGGGGCUCGCCAUGAUCUACGGCCUGAUUGUUGGGGUAAUCUUGAGAUACGGCACUCCUUCUUCCAGCGGCCGUGAUAAACCGCUGAGCUGCUCGCAGGAGGACAGGCCAUUCACAACCCUGCUGGUCAACGUCAGUGGGAAGUUCUUCGAAUAUACACUCAAAGGCGAAAUAAGUCCUGGGAAGAUUCACAGCGUGGAGCAAAAUGACAUGUUGCGAAAGGUUACAUUUGACCCAGAAGUUUUUUUCAACAUUCUGUUGCCUCCUAUUAUUUUUCAUGCUGGUUAUAGCUUGAAGAAGAGACACUUUUUCAGGAAUUUGGGGUCGAUUUUGGCCUACGCCUUUUUAGGAACAGCAGUCUCUUGUUUUAUCAUUGGGAAUCUCAUGUAUGGGGUUGUGAAACUAAUGAAGUUGGUGGGACAGCUCUCUGAUAAAUUCUAUUAUACAGAUUGCCUCCUCUUUGGAGCGAUAAUAUCCGCCACUGAUCCAGUUACCGUGCUGGCAAUAUUUAAUGAGCUGCACGCUGAUGUUGAUCUCUAUGCUCUUCUGUUCGGGGAGAGCGUGCUGAAUGAUGCUGUUGCCAUUGUAUUAUCUUCGUCCAUAGUUGCCUACCAGCCAACAGGUGAAAACACCCAUGCUUUUGAUGCAGCAGCAUUUUUCAAGUCAGUUGGUGUUUUCCUGGGAAUAUUCAGUGGUUCUUUCAUGAUGGGAGCAGUGACAGGAGUAGUGACAGCUCUGGUGACGAAGUUUACCAAGUUACACUGCUUCCCUCUGCUGGAAACGGCUCUCUUCUUCUUAAUGUCUUGGAGCACUUUCCUGCUAGCAGAAGCCUGUGGAUUUACUGGUGUAGUGGCUGUCCUGUUCUGUGGAAUUACUCAGGCACAUUAUACGUACAAUAACUUAUCAGUUGAAUCAAGAAGUCGCACUAAGCAGCUAUUUGAGGUAUUGCACUUCCUGGCUGAGAACUUCAUCUUUUCUUACAUGGGUUUGGCACUGUUUACUUUCCAGAAACACAUAUUCAGCCCAGUUUUCAUCAUUGGAGCUUUUAUUGCGAUCUUUUUGGGAAGAGCUGCACACAUCUACCCCCUCUCCUUCUUGCUGAAUCUGGGCAGAAGGCAUAAGAUCAGCUGGAAUUUUCAACACAUGAUGAUGUUUUCAGGUCUCAGGGGAGCCAUGGCCUUUGCCCUGGCUAUACGAGAUACUGCUACCUAUGCUCAUCAGAUGAUGUUCUCAACAACUCUCCUCAUUGUCUUCUUCACUGUGUGGAUUGUUGGUGGAGGCACAACUCCUAUGCUGUCAUGGCUGAACAUCAGAGUUGGUGACCAUGUUCCAUCGGUGGAAGAGAUGAGUGAAAGCCGCUGGCUGUAUUUCAGGGUUGGGGUUGACCCAGAUCAGGACCCUCCACCUACUAAUGACAACUUCCAAGUCUUACAAGGAGAUGGUCCUGAUUCUGAAAGAAGGAACAGAACAAAGCAGGAAAGUGCGUGGCUCUUCAGGCUGUGGUACAGCUUUGACCAUAAUUAUUUAAAGCCAAUUCUCACUCACAGUGGCCCUCCAUUGACCACGACUCUGCCCAGCUGGUGUGGCCUCAUAGCCCGCUGCUUGACAAGUCCCCAGGUUUAUGAUAAUCAAGAACAACUUAGAGAAGAGGAUUCUGAUUUUAUUCUCAAUGACAGCGACCUCACUGUGACAUACGGCGAUACAACAAUAACUGCGAACGGUUCUUCUGGCCCCCAUACAGCCACCACCAGCCUUGAUGGCAGGAGAACAAAGAGCAGUUCAGAGGAAGCACUGGAACGCGACUUAGGAGCAGCAGAGCAUGAAGUUGCAAGCAGGGGUACCCGGCUGGUAUUUCCUCUGGAAGACAAUGCGUGAUUACUGACUCAGUACAAACAGCUCUCGCUCUGCGGAUGGAUCAAGGAAGACUGCUGCUCACUGUGCCACUUGAGGUGGGGGUGUUUGUUGAAGCAAGUGAAUGUGUUUAAGUGGUUUUACUAAGGUCUGAAGACGUCGCCUAUUUUUUACUCAAGAUGCUGACAGUGGGGAUUUUCUAGAAGUCUGAAAACAGACAAAUGAGAACUGGUCAUUCUCUUCUUUUACACCACGCGUUGAAUCUAAGCGUAACUAGCAUGCUGCGAUUGUCUUGUUCAGCUGCAGCAGCUCCCUGUGAGAAGAGGUGUGUGACAACAUUGUCGUAGACCUGAGCUUGUCUUGGCUUAGCUUGUGAAUGUGGAAGAAGAAAUAUAAAUGUGGUGAUCACGGCAAUCAAGAGGAAUGUGUAUGUAUCUGAAUGUGGAGAGAUCCAUUUACUUCUCUAGCAAGGUUGAGAAAUCCAGAGGUAAAAUGGGACAGUAUGCCUUAGGACUACAGAUGCAUGAAUGCAACACUGGCGAAUCUGUUACUACAGUCUGUACUUAAUGAAUUUCAGGGAAAAAAGGGAAAAUAAGAUUUUGUUACUGGCCAUGUGUUUAAAUAGGAAGACACUGAGAGCUGUUUGUCCCUUUAGCUUUGGGUACCUUGACUGCUGCCAUUAGCUGAACUCCUCUUGCCUCAAAAGAAUAACACCCAACUUCUUGUGGUCUGAGAUAUGGCUGACCUGACCCAAGCCUGGAGCCAGGCUCUCGGGUAGAAGUCAGGAGGUAAAACUUCCUCUCCCUUUAAGGUUGCUAAAAAUCAGGUGAAGAUGGAAAUAUGUCUUGGGUUUGGGAAAACAGCUGAUAAGAGGAGUGAAGAAAAAAGAGGUGGAAAAGGGGGGGGGAAAAAAAAGCAGUACUGAACUUUCACAGAAGUUUCAUAUUUCUCAGAAGAGUCCAUGGAGUCUGCUUACAGUUUUUGUGUGUGAUAAACAGCAAACAUUUAGUUAAAAGGACAGACAAAUAUACUGGCUUUACCAUUUGUGUCCAUCCUAAAAGAAAGGUGUUUACCACUGUUCUCUUUUGCAGAGUAGAUGUGAAACUUGAGUGGGGCAUUGCACAAUAAUGUCUAAGCUACAGAAGUGAUGAACUGUAGUAUCAUCUUAAGUGUGAAAAGGGAAAAUCUUUGCCUAGUACUUAGCCCACUCACACGUAGGCUAGCUUUAACGUGAUGCUAAACGCUUCUUAUUUUCCAGGUGAGGCGAUAUCAUUGUCUUUGCUGAUAGCUGAAAACUGUUGCGCCUUGAAGAGCAGCUCAGCUAUUCAAAGCAUGCUAAAAUGUCGUGUCGUUCUCAUGUCUCAGAAGGUUUAUUUUUUUAAAACAACUCUGUGGCCCACUAAUGUGAUGUAAUAUCAGUUUGUCUAAGAAGUGUGGUUUCUUUCUUGCUGCCAUUUCAGUUGUUCCUCAUAAAAUUGUGUGUGAGUAAAUACUCACUCUGUUUCUCCUUAACUAUUAAACUUAAUGCUGGGCUAAUAAUGACUACAUGCUGCUGCAGAGAAAUGCUGCAGUCCUAUGGUCAAGUCUACUUUCUUUCAGCUGUUUGCUUAUGAGUGAUCUACCUCCUGUAUGUGUCCCUUCAACGUACGUUUUUACAGAGCAUUGAUCUUUAGUGACUGCCUGACAUUAAAAAAAAAAAAAAAAAAAAAAAAAAAAAAAAAAAGAGGAAACAAGAAACUUUUUAUUGGUGGGAUGGGAAAACCGAGUUCUGUUCCUAAUGGGUGAAGAGUAACAAACCCUGAUAAAGAAAGAUCUCUGAGCAGAACAGAUCUUUGAGUUCUCCAGUUUCAAGAAAGACGAAGAUGGCAAUGAUCCAUGCUCUAUUUAUACUCUUUGUAGCUUGGCUUUCAUGGGGUUUUGUCUUGUUUUUGUUUUUUCUAAGUGCUAACAAUAGAAAAAGCAGUUACAAAAUCACUAAAACAACUUAUUUAAAGUAAAUGGACUUAAUACAGUGAGAUAAACUUUACAUUCAUCUUGAAGGUUACCCAGAGCGUUGGUGGAUGCCCCCCCUCUGGAGGCAUUCAAGAUCAGGCUGGACAGGGCUCUGAGCAACCUGAUGUAGCUGUCGGUGUCUCUGUUCAUUGCAGGGGAGUUGGACUAGAGUCAUAUUUUAAGAGUUCCUUCCAAUUCAAAUGAUGAUAGGCUGGGGAGUAUCAGAUCACUCUGAGUGAAAAGCAGCUCCUUCUGCAGAGAUCUGUUGUUUAGGAGAAAGACCACGUACAAAUUCUGGAAGUAAAAACUGUUUGGUUGGCUUUCUUGGGGAGAUUGAGCUUUUGAAAGCAGUAGUAAACCAUCCCAGUACAGACUCCUUUGUGUCCCUGUUCAUAAUUCCACUGCAAAGAUAUAUGGUUUAAUGAAGUUUGCCAGUAAGCCCAAAAUGUGACUGUGAAAGGGCAACCAAAAUUGAGUCAAACUUCUGUAUUCCAAAAUGGCUUGAAACACUUCUCCAACAUAGUGAGAGAGGCCUACAUAUGGAAGCUUAAUUUUAUUCCUUGAUUUAUUCUUUUCAUUUUAAAUCUUCCAAAAUUGGAAUUCACUGUCAGCCAAAGGUAGGCUUCAAUUCUAGCUGCUUCUUACCUCACUGGUCCUUGUUCAGAACUCCCACAUUUCCUUUAUUAAGGAAGUAGGGAGAGAAAAACAAAAAUCGGAAAAUGCAGAUUUAAAAACAACUCUUUGUCCUGGAGAAAUAGUAUAUUUCACCAACUAGUGUCUUCGAAAAAAUCAUUUCAGUUCCUUUCCAUUAAGAUAGGAGGAAGUUUUUCACACAGAGGGUGGUGACACACUGGAACAGGUUGCCCAAGGAGGCUGUGGAUGCCCCAUCCCUGGAGGCAUUUAAGGCCAGGCUGGAUGUGGCUCUGGGCAGCCUGGUCUGCUGGUUGGUGACCCUGCACAUAGCAGGGGGGUUGAAACUAGAUGAUCGUUGUGGUCCUUUUCAACCCAGGCCAUUCCGUGAAGAAGCCAAGCUGGCAAGAGCUUGACCUGUCUGUGCAGCAGAUGUAAUUUCUUUCAACUUUGGUGUGAGGUUUUGAGUAGAAAACAAAGUUGAAGAUUGCAGUGAAUAGCAAUCAAUACAUACUAAUAUACGCUUCACGUGGAAAGAGGAUGUGUGAGAUGGUGGCCCUUGCAGAAUGAGGUGUUGCUUUAGUAGCAUGGGAUGUUGCAGCUGAUAUGGCUGCCCUUGUACUUGGGACUGUGAGAUUCCUCCCUCCAGAUUUUUGCUUUCUGCAUCAUCAAUCAGACUGAAAACUUUCACCUGACGUUACCAAGGAGUUUGCUGAUUUGAGUCCCUGUGGAUGGGAAAAAUGACGUCCCUGAUCUUCUUUCAGUACUUCAUAGAAGCAAAUCCUGACACUAAAACAAGACAGGUCUGCAGGAGUUCUGUUUCUUAUGCCAACAAGUCUUUAAUUGUAUUCAAAUCUAUAACAAUACACAAGCAUAAUGCUAACAUCAUGUUUGAGCAGACUAAGAAGUGACCUGAACUUUUUUGUACAUUCAUCUACAAUGUUUGGGAGAGGAAUUAGAGAUUCAUUUACAGAAUUAGAAGAUACUAAAAUAGGUAGAAAAUUGGCAUAUUUGUGCUUAUCUUGGUGGCUGGGUAAGAAACAAAGGUGUUUUGUGUCAAGUCACCCUGCAGGUGGUUUGUGCAAGAGCCAAUUCUUGUACCUUCUGUGGGAUUCUAGGCAGAUCAUCUGCUAAAGGUGAGGAGCUGUUACUUGGUUCUGUAAGUAGAAGGAACAGUAUAGGAGCAAUCCUGUUACAAAUGUGGGCUUAACCUUGUAUUUACAAGGUGCUUUUUGUGAGAGGUGUUUAAAUGCUUCUGUGGGCUUCAGUAGUAGCUCCAACGCACUGACUUCAAGUCAAGCCCUCAGAAAAGAGGGAGACUGGAGCAAGUGUGUUCUUGCUGUGUGCUCCAUGUCUGAUGUGCAGACACCUGACUUGUGUUGGGGAAAGGAGCAGUGUAACCUACCUUCUCUGAUUUAAAGAAAAUAAACAGUGAACAAGGAUAUCAGAAAUAGCAUUGCCAGUAGGAGCAGGGAGGUGAUUGUCCCCCUGUAAUUACUGUUGGUGAGGCCACACCUUGAGUACUGUGUUCAGUUUUAGGACCCUCGCUACAAGAAAGGCAUCAAGGAACUAGAGAGUGUCAAAUGAAGGGCAAUGAAUCUGUGAAGGGUCUGGAGCACAAGUCUGAUGGGGAGCAGCUGAGGGAACUGGGAUUGUUCCGUCUAUAGAAGAGGAGUCCUUAUCACUGUCUAUAAUGACCUGAAAGGAGGCUGUUGUGAGGUUGAAGUUGGCCUGUUUUCCCAAGUAACAGUGAUAGGAUGAGUGGCAAUAGCCUCAUGUUGUUGCCAGAAGAGGUUCAAAUUGGAUAUUAGUAAAAAUGUUAUCUCUGAAAGAGUAAUAAUGUAUUGGAACUGGCUGCCCAGUGAGGUGGUAGAGUCAUCAUCCCUGGAUGUUUUUAAGAAAAGCAUGGAUAUGGCACUGAGUGACCUGGUCUAGAAGUCACAAGCAUGGGUUGAUAGUUGGUCUAGAAGAUCUUGUUGGUCUUUCCAACCUUAAUGAUUCUACUAUUCUAAGGGUAAAGCAUUAAAUACUUGGAAAUUGACGAAGUCUGGCCCUAUUCCAAGGAUAUGAAUUUUUUGGCCUACAAAAAAUGUUUUUUCACGGUGAAGAAAUUUCCUUUGGGGAAAGGACUGCAGAAAAUGCAAGCUGAGGAAAGAAAACCACAACAGUGUUCUUGGCUGGACUUGCGGUGAGCUGAUCUGAGGUGAGUAUGUAGCAAAGGUUCUAGGGACGCUCACCAGUAUGAUGGCCACUGUGUUUUACUCCUGGCAGGUGGAAGGACCUCAUAGUAGGAAGUGCAACAGCUUAAUAAACAGCCCGAGCGAUUUAUAAUAACUAGGAGGUCACAUCCUGUGAUUUUAAUCAUUCAGCAGGACCAUUUGUAGGUUGGUGUGGAAAUGAUGGUCUCUCCUGUGUAACUUCAAUUCAACUUGGCUUGCAAUCUCUCUUCUGGCAGUAUUGAUCAGACUUAAUUCUGAACAACAAGUCUCCAAAUGCUAAUAUGUUUUGCAUGCCUUUUAAGGAGAGGUGCGGUAUUUCUUUUAACUCUGUUUGAAGUAGCUUGCAAGAAUAACAUGCCUGACCUCAGGCUUGGCAGACAUGGUCUCUGCUUCUGCACAAGUGUGGGAAUGGAAUUUGAGUACUCAAUAGUUUCAACUCGGUAUGCUUUUCUUUAAGAUGGAGGUGAAGGGAGAACCUUUUUGAGGAGAAACAGGGAACUUGCAGAUACAUCAGCAGCAGGGAAUAUUCCUCUCCAAAACAUGGAACUUAUGACCCACUGGGAUUUAUAAACAAGGGAGGGUAAGAGAUGACUGGAAAUCAUGCAGGAGAGAAGGCAGUAAAUACCCCACACAGCUUUUGUGCAAUCUGUCGUAACUAGCGUCACAGUAAGAAGGAUGGAGCUGCUUUGUAGCAUGAAAGUGUUCCGAAGAGAAAAACACCCUGAGUAACAAUUUCAAAUGUCCUUACAAUGAAAACUGUUCUUUUCAAGCAGCAGCUGACACAAACCUUACUUGUGGAGUUAGGAGGGUCGUAUGACCCAAGUUUGGAGAAGAGAUUUGCACACUGCAGUGCGAAACCACAGAUUCCUCUUGGCUUGUGAUGUUGGGAGCGCCCUUCUGAAAAAUGUGCCCAUAAAGUGAAAGAGAAGGAAAGAGGGGAGGAAACAGUGAAUUUCAGAGCCAGGAAAUGGCUUUAACAGGCAGCUUUACUGCAGGAGCAGCAUUGUAAACAAUUGUUGCUGUUAAUCUUACAGUCCCAAAUGCUGAGUUUGGCAGAUUUCUGCAUAACUUAUCCUAAAGAAAGGGUGAUGGGAUAACAGAGCAGGAAUUCAACUGUCCCCUAUCCUAAUUCAUCAUAGAUUUGAAGGCUUUUACAAGGAAAGCCUGAUUCAAUUCUAAUCUAGGGCAAGGUAAGGAAUGUUUAAUGAUUUUUUUAUUUUUAAUAAUUUCAUUCUAUUUUCUUGAAUCUAAAAAGCCUUCAGUAAGUUUGGAUGUCGUUUUUAAGGUAACAUCAGUCUGAAUGUGAAAGUGCCUUAAUCAUGGAUAGACACAGACAAGAUGUAGGUGCAGGCAAUCAUAGUUGAAUCUGUGUGCGGACUCAGAUGAAAUGCCCUAUCUUGAUUUGUUAUGUGAUUUAUACAGGCUUUUGCACAGAACUUAGGUACUUGUGACAGGGAAAGGGCUUAAGUACUGGGAUUGAUUCACAUUUUCAGUUAAUAAACUAUCUGGUUUGGACACUCUAUCCAAUACACCUUUAUCUUAUGCUACUUUCUUAAUCAUGGUCUGUUACGCACCACCCUACCUGGGUGGGCUUGUGGACUUUCAAAAUACCGUUGAAGUGUGAAGCUUCAUCUGGGGACCAAAACUUAACAGGCAGUUUAUGAUAAUAUAUACUGGAGUAAAGGACUUCCCAGCUUUUUCCCAUGCUGUGCUGGUGAGCUCAGUGCCGUACAGAUCAUCUCGAGAGAGAUCGCUUGGCACGUGCAGGACAACCAGGGAGGGGAUCAGGCCCAGCCAGCAUGGGUUCACAAAAGGCAGGUCCUGAUUGACCAACCUGAUCUCCUUCUAUGACCAAGUGACGUACCAGGUGGAUGAGGAAAAGGCUGUUCAUGUAGUCUACCUAGACUUCAGCAAAGCCUUUGACACUGUUUCCCACAGAAUUCUCCUGGGGAAACUGGCUCCCCGUGGCUUGGACAGGUACAUUCUUUGCUGGGUAAAGAACUGGCUGCACGAACAGGUCCAGAGAGGAGUGGUGAAUGGAAUUAAAUCCAGCUGGUGACCAGGCACAGGUGGUGUUCCUCAGGGGUCGAUACUGGGGCCUGUCCUGUUCUGUAUCAUUAUUUAUGACCUGAACGAGGGGAUUGAGUGCACCCUCAGUAGGUUUGCACCAUGGGAGACUCAGUUUGGAUAUUAGGAAAAAAUUCUACUAAGAGUAGUCAGGAGCUGGAACGCCCGGGGAUUUGGUGGAGUCACCAUCUCUGGAUGUGUAAAAGGAACACUCAGAUGUUGUACUAAGGGAUGUGGGUUACUGGGGAAAUAUUGGUGGCAGGUGGAUGAUUGGACUGGAUGGUCUUGGAGGUCUUUUCCAACCUUGGUGAUUCUAUGAUUCUAUGAUAGGUGCCAGUGGGGGGGGAAGCCCUGUUGCAGUGGUAUGAGUAAAGGCAGUGGCCCUCCCAGGCCCAUAUUCUGUAGUACAGAGCUGGAGAAGAUGUGUAUUGGUGCACGUAAAUGGGCAGCAGAGCCCAGAGUCAUAUUUCUGGAGAAACAAACAUUCAGGUUAGCUUUAGUGUUUGGUAACAAAAUACUUUUUGUUUAAUUUUCAGGUGCCUUUGGUCUCUUGCAUUUCUUAAAUGUUUCUGAACUCAAAGGCAUCCCAUAUAAGAACAUUCGAUAUGCAAGUUAAAAAAAAAUAAAAAUAAAAAAUGGUGGAAGUAUUCAGGCUUCAUUGUUAUGCCUGAGCACAAUGCCAGAGCUGUGCUGUGCAGCUUGUGGAAAUCUGGUCAAUUAGAUAGCAGUAAUUGGAAAUACUACACUUGCAGCCCACUUUGAUGUAGUUAUUUGGAGGAAAAAAAAUGUGUUCCCUCAGAGAAAGUGAGUGCUUGACUUAAAAGGGUUUUGCUACACUGUUAAAAUAUUUGAUUUCAGCCUAUAAUAAAUAGAUUGAAUGUAUUUUUCACUAAUAACGUCUCUGACAUUGCUAUUGCUGGGGCAGGGAGAAGUAGGCCGUGCAGUCCCGUGUUACAGCAUAUUCAUGAAGUUUAUUUCUGGCUCGUAGUUUAAUCAAAGAAGCUGUCAUCCAAUGACUCCAAAUUUUGGUCCCAGAUUGCCUGACUUGUCUUGGUGUCAGCACAGAGUAAUGGCAGCAAACAGGAUGCCAGGAGAUGGGUAAUUACCAUGGUGAAAUAGCAGGUCACAGUAUUUUGAUGAUGUUAAAUAGCAAUGGGUUAUUCUUUAACUAAACAGAGGAGAAAAAGAAGAGAGGAAAAAAUAAAAAUGUAUUGUAAAAGCUGUGUUCUAGGGAUAGUAGAUAGACGGGGAAUAGAUUUCAGUUAACACACUUCACUGACCACAACUCAGGUGGUUAAAUAUAUAUUUACUGAAUACAUUGUCCUUAAGCAAUUACGGUCUUAAGUUAGCAAAUGCUCAACAGACAACAAUUCCAAAUGUGCACUAACAAACAAACAGUCCUGGCAAAGCAUACCACAAAUGAUACGCACCCCCUGCUCCGUAACUCAUGGAAAGCCCAAAAGUACACAGUGCACUGCACAAGCUGCCAGGUAAUGGAGUCCGCCCAUUCCUUCAAAGCACAGUAUUAGACCAAAUUCUUUGAGAGAGGGCCAUAAUCAACAUCCCCUGGAAAGAAGGGAGAUUUCAAGAUCUUGUUGGGGAGGAUAAUGUGACCUGAAGUUCAAUGGUCGGUGCAGACAGGGUUGGUGACCCUGCACAUAGCAGGGGGUUGGAACCAUGUGGUCGUUGUGGUCCUUUUCAACCCAGGACAUUCUUUCUAUACUCUGUUAGUGACUAGUCUCUACUGACAUUGUUACUUAAUUGCUACAGUGCACCCUGCGUCUGCUGUAUGGAGUUAGUCUGAUAAGCUUUGUGUGGAUUGCUUCAUUAAAAAAGAAAAGCAAGGAAGACCUCCCCUGCGUUCUACAAGAGUUGCUUACUUAAGCCUAGAGCCAUGAAACCACACCUGUGAGUGCUGCCCCAUGUUUUGUCUUGGUGCAGCAUGGCUUGACAUGAAACAACACAACAGAGUGGCAGUACAUUCAGGCAGAAAUUGCUGGCUUGGGCUCUUGACAUUGGUUUAGGCCAUGACUGGAAGGGGCAGAAUCAGGUUUAUUGGUUCUCUCAGUGACAUAAUUGCUGCAGGCUAUAUACCAAAAUGAUAAACAAGACGACUAGGCGGGAAACUGCUACCAGAUCAUCAGCUGGUCCUGUUUUCCAUCCCUUACCUAAUUAUGCCUUUCCCUUUCUUUUGCCUGCCUUUUCAAGAGAAUUCCACAGCUGGUACUCCUGGCUACGUUUGAACACAAGGAUAAUUCCUCAUCCUUGCACUCCUUUCCAAAGAUGAGAGGCUUGCGUGUUGCAUGGAGCUCCUGCUUUGUUAAAAGUUUCAGGUUCAUUGUGAACAAAGACACCUGUUACAGGUCAGCCAAGUGCUUUGUCUUUACUUUCCACACUGUGUUCACAGCUCAAUGUAGACCUUGGAGUUGCUGAGAAGUAGCGGGUAUGUAUGCGCUCCUACCGCUACUGUACAGGUCACUGGAGUUACGUGGAGUUACUGUGUGCUGCACCAGGAGAACCCACGGCCAUGCCAUCUGGAUUCAGGUCAUCUAUCGAACCUCUGAUUUGAUUGGUGAUGGUGGCAGCUUGGCACGUGCAUGUAUGUUCUGUACUUCAGCUGAGAAGUCAGGAGGGUGGAUUGUUCUCUUGAGGUUAAUGCCAGCAGCUCAGCUGUGUCCUCACAACGCAGAACCAGAGUUCCCAUCCUUAAAUGUAAUUAAUGAUUCCCUCAUAAGAGUAUUCAACACUUGCUCAGACUACCUGUUAUUUAAGAAAGGGCCACAAACAGCUGACAAUAAAUAUUAUUAUAAGCAGCAGUAAAAUGUAGAUGUACAUCAAUAUGGGUGUGAUAGAGGGGACUGCCACUGGAGCAGGUCCAAAGGAGGGCAAUAAGGCUUGUGAAGGGCUUGGAGAAUAUGUCCUACAAGGAGAGACUGAAGGAACUGGGGCUGUUUAGUGUGGGGAAGAGGAGGCUGAGGGGAGACGUUAUUGCUCUCUUCCAAUAUCAGAAAGGUGCUUACAGUGAGAGCGGGGCUGGUCUCUUCUCACUGGUGACAGGAUGAGGGGAAAUGGCCUCAAGUUGCACCAGGGUAAGUUUAGGUUGGAUAUCAGGAAACACUUCUGUACAGAAAGGGUUGUGAAGCACUGGAAUUGGCUCCCCAGGGAGGUAGGGGAGUCACCAUCCCUGGAUGUGUUUAAAAUCCGUUUGGAUGUGGUGCUCAGGGACGUGAUUUAGCGGAAGGUUGUUAGAGUCAGGGUAGUAUGGUGAGGUUGGAACUGGAACGUGUUUUAGAUAGCAGUCUUUCUUGAUCCUUUCCAGUCAUGAAGUUGGGCUGAAGCCUACACCUGCUCUUGAGAGUGUAACUUUUCCAAUAUCACACUGUACAUGCACAGCAGGAACUUCCAGACAAGGUAGUGCAGUUCCUCUACCUGCUCUGAGUGAGGGCAAGCCACCCUUCUUGCUCCAGUUCACCCAGCGCUCAGGAAGGGAAGGAAGCUCUGCAGUAAAUUUCAAUGUGAGAAGUCAUGGUUUGCUGUAGUUCAGUAGGUUUGGGCAUUUGAAACGUGAACGUGCAAAACCAUGUAAUCGGGUAAGGGAUGAAGUUCACAUCUGGUAUUUAAUGAGAAAGGAAUUCUUCUUCAACAUUACCAAGUGUUAUAUUGGAAAGCAAAGCCCUAAGAAGAUUACAGCUAUUUCCUGCCUACAACCACAGGGCUUCUUUGUUCAGGACAAUGAGCAACUGAUGCUUUUAAUGCUACUUGUUUUCAGAUCUUCUGUCCUUUUUUUUUUUUCCAAUCCAAAUAAUCUAUUGCUCUUUUCCAUUACGUUUUUCUCAGAUAGCUGGGAGUAUCCUUCUCAAGUUGUGACUAAUUAGGCUUUUUAAGGGUUCUCAGUAACUUCUCAGUGCGCAAACACCAGCUGGAUAUUUGAACUAGAUCAAAGAGGGGAGGAGUGGAAAUAGUGGUAUGAGAUGCUGAUUAAGAACUGAACUGUGUCUGAUGAGCUGUGGAAGUUCGAUAAUGUCUUUCUUUGCCCCGGGCAUUCUGUGUAUUCCCUAAUAUAAACAAUAAAGAUGUUUGUGUUUGCAACCUAAUAUCGCUUUUCUGUUGCAAGAUAUCAUAGGUGUUUAAACCAAGUUCAGUGUUUGCAAAGAAACUGAAUUUUGUUCAUCCAUUGACCUCCUGUUUUCCCUAAGCAAGAAUGGGAUCACUAAGUGAAAGCUGUUAUUCCCACCAGGCUAACCCACACACAUAGGACCGACUGACUUCUGCAGCACACUCACAGUACCAGAAGCUGUGUGUGUUUUUGAAGCUGGCAGCAAAGAGGUUCUUCAGUUUUGUUUGUUUUUCAUAAACAAAAUUCACAUUCAGAUUUGUGCAGUGCUUAGAAAUGUAACUUUUUCUAAAUCCACUGUUUAGGUGUUCUGAACCAUCUGAUUAAUGAAAUCUAUCAAAUUCACAUCUAUUAAAAAUGUUAAAACCAAGCCUGCUUCUCUUCUUAGGGGACAAGAAAAUGUAUUUAAAUGCUACAUGAUUAUGUCUACUCUGAGCAAUGGAAGCAUGGUAAGCUGGCAUCUCACCAGUCGCAGCCACAACAUUACAAAGUAGUUUUCAAAUUGGUGCUCAGAUCUAAAGAUGCUUAUAGUGCUGCAGCUGCAUUAAAGAGGAACUAUCUGCUUUCCCAGAAGUUUUUUUUACCCUCAUUGGUUUAAAGCCAUCAAAUGCAGAAUUACCAUCUCACAGGCAGACAAAAGCCUGCAGACAUUCAAAAGUCAGUCUUGGGAAUUACUCUGUGGGACCUCUCACUGCUUCAGCAUUCACCAUAUCAAAGCGUCAUUAGCAGAGGAAGAAGUUGUAUUAACCAAAUGCUUACCUCAAAAUUAUUCUGUUCAUAACAUCACAGGAGACUUAUCUCCUAUUUAAGCAUAUUCCACGCAAUAGAAUCAUAGAAUCACUGAAGUUGGAAAAGAUGUCUGAAAUCAUCUAGUCCAACCAUCAAACCACCGCCAUGCCUGCUAACCAUGUCCCUCACUGCCACAUGCUCACAGUUCUUGAACACCUCUGGGGAUGUGAGUCUGUAGAGAGCAGUAAGGUCUCCCCUGAGCCUUGUCUUCUCGAGGCUGACAAUCCCAGUUCCCUCAGCUGCUCCCCAUCAGACCUGUGCUCCAGACCCCUCACAGCUUCAUUGCCCUUCUCUGGACACACUGCAGGGCUUCAAUGCCUUUCUUGUAGUGAGGGGCCCAAAACUGAAUGUAGCACUCAAGGUGCAUCAUCACCAAGGCCAAGUAUAGAGAUGAUCACCUCUCUGCUCCUGCUGGCUGCAUUAUUGCUGAUACAAGCCAGGAUGCCCUAGGCCACCUGGGCACACUGCUGGUUCAUAUUCAGAAGGCUGUCAACUAACACUUCCCAGACCAUUUUCCUCUGCACUGUUUUUUAGCCAGCUGCCGUACUUCCACAGCAAGCCGCGUGUAAGUCAGUUAUAAAAUGAUCUGAGUUUGCUUGGUUUUAAAACUGCUUUCUAGGAGUUUCCUUCAAGGUUACCAUGACCAGUCUACAGGGAACACAUUAACCUAGAGCAGGGAGCCAAGAGCAGCAAGAAGUUUAUUCUCCAUGGAAGUAUUAAGACAACUACACAUAAAAUCUUGUCAGAAGAUAAAGGUUAGCUCCUUUUCAACCCAGGAACAAAGUUUGAGUAAUAUCAGCUUGAUGCUUCCAGUGUGAAUGUAGCAGCUUUGAUUGUAAGUUCACAGAAGAGUCCACCUGCAUAAAUAUUCUGGUAAGGAUUUACCAAGAAUCGCUGCAAGCUAUGGCUCCAAUUUACAAUUUAUGGUGGAAAAUGAAAUUCAUACUACACUCCUCAGGAGUAUAAUAGUGACUCAAUCGGAAAGAAGCAACUCAAGGCAUGACAGGUAGGUGAGAACACCUCUCUUCACGAAUUUGAUGUUGUACAAACAUUUAUCUGGUUAUCUGGUUAUCUGAUAUGGUGGCAUUAAGGCAGCACUUGGAGGAGUUCUGUGGCUUGAGUCACAUGGAGCAUGGAAGUUGCUCAGUGCAAAAGGAUGAAUGAGCCCCAGAGUGCUGUGUCGGAACUAGAAUGGUACAACUGCAGCCUGAACAGGAAGCUAAUAAGCUUUAAAGCUGAUUAACAUGGAGUUUUUUUGUGCUUCUUGUUGCUGUUGUGUAAUAAACAAUCGUAUAACAUAUGCUUCUGCUAAGGCAAAGCGACAAAGUUUCCAGAAGGAAAUGGUGGCAGACUGUUCUCUGCACCCACAGGGAGAAAUAAAAAGACUUAAAGCAAGAAAUGAUUCUAACUGAUGGCAGAGAGCACUUUUAUCAGCAGGCAUCCUGGCUGCUGGGGGCAUUCCUGACUUCCGAGAAAACAGAGCAAAAAUUACUGAGUUAAUGAUGUGGUUUUUGCUCUCAUUUUCAUUUAUAGUACAGCUCUGGUAAACUGUACUCAAAUCGUGGUAAAGACAAAAUGACCAGAAUUUUUACAUGGUGUGAACUUAUUACAGAGUAUUCCGGAACAAACUCCAUUUGGAAGCCUGCUCCAGAACCACACUUCCAGCUGCCAGGCUAAAGUGAUUCACUACUCACGUACAAAUCCCUGUUCUGGUGCCAAAGCUGUCCAUGGCAUGACUACCUCUCUGCCUCUCUGCUAUUCAUUCUGCUGCACGCUGCUGUCCUCCUUCCAUCUUUCCUUUCAGGCUAAACAGAAUGAACAGCUCUGUCUUCUCCAAGGUAGAGGGCUUCUACUGCACUUGAUAUUUCUCUGUAUCUACUAAAAGUCUGAGUUAAUUCACCCUGAGCAUGGGUAAUUAAGACACUGCCAUCAUACAUGUGCCUUUUUCAUGAGAACACAGAGGUUUGAGAGCGUUCACUGAAGGUAAGACCAAUGCAGAUGUUUUCUGGUGUAAAAUAAAAGACACGUAAACAUACAAAAACCACUUUUACUAGCACAUGCUAACAGUUUUUUUGCAAAGAUUUGGCCAACUGAGAGUAGUAACAGUAAAAACCAAACACGUGCAUUGCUUACAUGGAAGUCAUUCCCCCAGCCCAAACUUCUCCCACAGCGCCACAGUGACAAAAUGACCUCACAGAGCCAUCUCUGAGAGCAGUUGGAUGUGGGUGCAACACCACCACAUCCCAACCCUGGUUUUAAAGAAGAUGCACUCCACUGAAUUAAGUUCCCCAAAGAGAAUCAAACCUCGAGCCCAACAGGAAAAGAUUCAGCCUAAAUACAGUUGAAGUUUGUCAAAGUUAGACAGUUAGAAACAGGGAGAAAAACUUGGCGGCAUCGGGGAAAGCCCUGAUUCCUGUUCACUAACACCAAGAAACAGCGUGCAGGUCAUCAGCAGGGCACAACAGCUUGGUGAUGGAAGCCACACUUGCCUGGUGCCAAAGACAGCAUCACUGGCAGGCAGUACAUCAAGUCCCAUGCUUGCAGAAACCACCACUUCAAUGCCUUUGGGUCUACAGAGCUCUGUUCUUCACCAAAAUGUUGUCCAAUUGCAUGACUGUAAUAAACCCAGGAGUUCUGCACUGGUUUUCAUAAUCUGGCUUACUGAAAGCUGCAGUAGUGAUGUGUGAAGAGAAUUACAUGUAGAAACUCAGAACUUUUCACCAUAUUCAGUGAGCGGGGACAGCACCGAGCAGAGCAAUGCAACACCACAGCUCCUCCAUAAGUGACUUUGCUACCAUUCUCCACGACCGCUCCAGCAUUCCUUGGUGGAUUCUGCAUCAGCGAGAGCUUUGUGCUGGCAAACAGAAACCGAAGAAAUAAACACCUCAGUGCAACAAAAACAUCUCCAUGGUAUCUAAAGUAUGUGAGUACACAGCGUGGGGAUCUGCAAGUGAUGUGUCAGCACGUGUAAGUAACACAAGGGGCUGUGUGUUUCUUCACUCUGCGCUUUCACUGCUUCUCACAAGUGUGUCACUGCAGUUGUUGCCCAGCAGUUUAAGUACAGAUAUAAGAUGGGAACAGAGCAAUUAGCAAUUCCAGCACGGAAAUACCUCGCUUAGAGCAAAGCACUUUACAUAUGAUUAGAGGACUCAAGUUUCUACCUCCCUUAAGGCAAACGCACCAUGAUCAAAAAAUAAACCAGUAAAAAGUAAAAAGUAAAGCCAGAUGACAGAAAUAAUGGUGUAAGCAUUCAUCGGUUUUGUUCCCAGUUCCAACUACGACUUAACAGAUUAAACCUGUUAAUUCAUUACAUGGAACGUGACACAAGCAUAGACUGUUCCCAAAUCUCAGUCUAAACCACUAAAGCUCUGCGGCCCAGCACCGACUGAUUCCCAGCCUGCCAAGUUCAGCUCAGCUGCAGCAUGCUUACCGGUCCCUUGUGUUCUAGAAGAUGCCCAGCGCAGCAGCAGAGCUCAUUAACCAAGCCACAGAAGAGCAGCCACUGCCAAAAUGCAGCUUAACCCUGGCUGUCCUGCAUCCAACACCCAGCAGGCUGGGUGCCCUUCCAGAGAGCUCUUCCCACAAAGCUCCAGCACCCACCCCCAACCCCACACAUUUCUUCUGUCCUUUCAGGCACGGACCGAUGCUGUUGUUUGACACUACAAUGUUUUUCCUACAAGGUUACCAGGCCAACAAGGAUGUGCUGUAAACAUCCAUCACAAUGCUUUAGGAGCAAAGUAGGUGGUGAGCCUCAGCUGUUCUCCUGGGAUGGUGGCAUUGCAGCAGGUCCUGCCCAGGCUGAAGUGCUGCAGUCACAACAUCUGCCAUUGAGCAAUUGCUGUCUAACCCUUGGUGCUCUUGCACAUCCUGCACUCUCACUGCUACUUCUUCAUUUUUCAGUUUUGUUUGUUCCCCGCUGAUCUUUUUACAGGGCCUUCUAAUAAACUCUCAUGCCCUGAACACAAAACAGAAAUUGCACUUGCUGUAUUUUUAUACACUUUGCAGAACAGAGCCCUUCUCAUGGUACACACACACACACAAAAAGACAAGAACUAGACUGGGUCUUAGGAGAACAGCUUGGGGUGAGAAAAAAACUGAAUGAACCACUAACAAAGAGAACAGGAAACUUCUGUGGAGAAAAAAUAAAUCUUGAUACAGAAAACACAUCUGUCUAGUGUGGGAACUGUUUCAGAAAACAGACUAGUUUACAAUUAGUGGAUUUUAUCAGCAGUAAGCAUGAAUUUCGGUUGGACAACAACACUUCUCACAACAAACCAGUAAAAGUGAACCUGAGGGUGUGUUUCCCACAGCUCCUUGUGUCACACCACUGCAUCCUGAGCUGGCACGAUGAGGUUCUCUGCCAAGUGAAGUGAGUGCUUAACAGCUGCACCGUACAGUUCCUAGGCUGCAACUUGCUGAACACAGACCAGCACAAAUAGCAUGCUCCUGAUUGCAUCUGUGUCAAUGCUAAUGGCACUGCUCUUGGGUGGGAAGGCCAAGGAAGAAAAAGAGCCACAGUAAAUUACGGUUGGCCCUAACACACUGACAUGUUUUACAGUGCAACACCCAAAGCAUGAAAAACUACAAUGCAAUGCAAACGUGUCUUGUAAGAUAACGUGACUUCUUUGAGCUGCCUUCGUUUCCAGCACUUUAUAUAAACACAGCUUUGUUCUGAGCCUGGAUUAUCCUCCAUCUGAAGCUCAUGUUCUCACUUUGUGCUUGAGGAUUGUAUGUCAGCAUCUCCACAGCCUUAUGUACUCCCAAGGUACCAUUUAGCUGCUGUCAGAUCAGAACAGACGCAAGAGCAGUUCCUAAAAAGUUACAGUGAGUGCCCACAAAUCUUCAACCUUCUGUCCCCAAGUAAGCAACGGAAAAAAAAAGAGACUUGCAUGCACACACAUGCACACCCUCCUCAUACGAACCCCAGAACAUCUACAGGAAAACAACAUCUGAAAACCCAAAAUGAAACUUAAGGAUGUGUUGCUUUUUUUUUUUUUUUUUUUUUUUAAA